UUUUUUUUUUCUUUCAUUUACAUAUUUCAAGAUUAUUCAUUUAUUUAACAAAAUCAUUUAACCAAGAAUGGCCUUUCGAUUUAAUUGGCCAGAGUUUGACUCUGAAUUUUAUAAAGAAGCAACAUUACAGCUUGAAACAGCUUUAAACAAGGGCAAUAAGCCAAAGAAUAUUGUCGAUCAUAUAUCAGUAACAGAAUUAAAUAUGGGCACAAUAGCACCCGACUUGGAGAUAUUAGAAAUUGGUGAACUUUCAACUGAUAAAUUUCGUGGUAUUUUUAAAUUAACUUAUUGUGGUGAUGCUUUUAUCGUUAUUCAAACAAAAGUUCAGGCAAAUCCGAUGUAUGCAAAAGAGUCCGAUUUAUCCCGAUAUACAAGACCUAACGUUCUAGCUGCAGACCAGCCUUUAAUUGUACCAAUGUUAUUAAGGAUUAGCGACUUGAAAUUAAGAGGAAUUAUUGUAUUAGUUGUAUCAAAGACAAAGGGAAUUACACUUGUUUUCAAAAAUGAUCCUUUAGAAAGCAUCUUAGUUAGUUCAACAUUUGAUAGCGUUACUAGUGUACGUACUUUUUUACAGCAUGAAAUUGAAAAUCAACUUCGAAAUUUAUUUCAGGAAGACUUACCUAUCAUGAUUCAUAAUUUAAGUUUAAAACAUAUCCAAAGUGAGCAAGAGAGGGCUCAAAGGAAAGAUAAGGAUACUUUGUUAUUACUGCUAUCGAAUAGAGCACGUUCUGUAUUCUCUGAUCCGGGCUUUAGUAGACGACAGGAUUAUAAAUCAAAUUGUUCUUCAUCUGCUUCAACCGUCACAACUCCUCCUCCUAGACAUAAAUUAUUGGAUUUGCUAUCUUUACCAGAUUUAUCUUCCCAUCACUAUUUUAACGAGACUCUAAAUCAACCCACCUUUAGUGAACUUUAUUUCAAUGCUCAACAACAACAACAACAGCCAUUUAUAAAUACAGCUGGUUCCUCGGAUUUUGAACCAGUAUCUUCAUAUACUCCUCAAGAUAAUGACUAUAUACCCUUAACAGCAGUUAAUCUAUCCGCAUUAAAUCCUCUCUACAGUAGUAAUCAAUAUUCUGAUUUAAAGACAGCAACAAACGAGAAUGAUGAUUAUAACCUGCAUCCUUCAACAGAUCCAUCUCUAUCCAGUCAUUUACAAGACACCGUGUAUUAUGACUAUUAUCAUUCAGAGGAUCAUGACGUAGACGCACCUUGGUACAUUACUGAAGGCCCAGAAUUACCAUCACCAAAGGAUUGUCACGAUUCGUCUUCAUUCACAAUACCAUUAGAUGAAAAAAUCAUUUUGAAUCCACAAGAAAAUUCUGUAGCAGCUAAGCUGGCUAAGCUUGCUACCCUUCAUCAUUCCAUUUCACCUUUUACUCCAACAUUUCAACAUUUUACUUUCCGUUCCUUACCUCAUACACUUAAAGCUGAUUCCGUUCACAAGAUGGUAAAAAAUAGUAAAAAGAGUCAGAGAAGACGUAUUAUUCGAUGGAAUACUACUAUAUGAACAACAGAUGUAUGUAAAUAGAGACAUUGUCAGUCAGUCAGCCAUUCAUUUAUUCUAUAAUAAUAAUACAUAAUACAUAAUAAUAAUAAAAUAUACUGUAUUUAUUUCAUUAACAUAUACAUACACCUGUAAUGCAUGUAUAUAUAUAAAGAAGCAAAUAAAUAUAUAAUAAGAAAGAAAACAAGAAAGGAAAGAAUAAAAAAAAAAUAAAUGCUAAAAGUAACAAAGAAGAGAAAAAAAAA